CACACCCCUAACACCGAGGCCGGGCCUCUCUAACACCUCCAGCCGUGGGCCCAAAAUACCCCCCCAGGGGUAGAUUUCAGAGUGUCCAGGAGGGGAGGGGGGAACUGAGAGAAUGAUGCGAAAUCUGAUACGCUGCGGGGGCCCCCUGAGGGCUGCGGUGAGGCGAAUUCCCGCUGCAGAGCAUGGCUGCAGAGCAUUGCAACUGCCCUUGCUCCGCGGGUACCACUCGCCCUCCUCGCCCCUGCCCCGCCAGCCGGUUCCGUACCUCUCGAAGGUUCUGGCCCGUUACCUGCGCUCUCUCCAGCCCCUGGUCAGCGAGGAGGAGCUGGAGGGGACCCGGGAGCUGAUGCAGGAGUUUCUGAGACCCGGGGGGCAGGCGGAGGAGCUGCAGAGACAGCUGCAGCGAAGAGCAGAGCGCACCGACAACUGGCUGACGGACUGGAGGCAGCAGUCUAUAUACCUUGAGAAUCACCUGCCCCUUCCGGUACAUUCCAGCCCGGCUGUUAUUCUCCCCCAGAGAGAUUACAAGGACUGGAGGGGACAGCUAAGAUUUGCCGCAAAAUUAAUCUCCGGGGUUCUGGAUUUCAAAGCAAAAAUCGAAAGCCCCGAAGGUCUCAAGGAGCUGUGGAGGGGCCGUAGCCUCUGUCCGGAUCAGUACCGGAAUUUCUUUGGAUCGUGCAGAGAGCCGGGAUACAAGAGGGACAGAGUCCUGAUCCACCCGCCGCACAAGGCACCGCCGCAGCACGUGACGGUCUGCAGGAACUACCAGUUUUUUCGGAUAGAUGUCUAUAACAGCGACGGGACGCCGAUCACCGAGGAUCAGAUCCACCAGCAGAUGCUGUUCCUGCGCGCCCAUUCGUACAAGACCGACAAGGAGCCCGUGGGGGUCCUGACGACAGACCACCGCAAUAGCUGGGGGCGAGCGUACGCCUCCCUCAUCAGGGACCGGCUGAACCGCGACUCUGUGCGCAGUAUCCAGCAGAGUCUCUUCACGCUCUGCUUAGACGCCACAGCCCUGAAGUACUCCGAGGACCUGUACAGCAGCCGCACGGCGGCACAGAUGCUGCACGGCGGCGGGAGCCACGCCAACAGCGGCAAUCGCUGGUUCGACAAAACCCUGCAGUUCGUGGUCGGAGAAGAUGGCACCUGUGGUCUGAUAUACGACCAAGCAACUGCUGAUGCCUCAGCGGUCCUCACGAUGCUGCGCCACGUUCUGGAUUACUGUGCCAGGGGCCCCAGCCUGCUGCCGCCGCGCACCCCUCUCAUCCGCCUCCCGCCCCCGAGGAAGCUCUACUUCAAUUUCCCCACGGACAUCAAGCAGCACAUAGAGCAGGCCAAGCAGAACCUGGACAUAUUAGUAAAUGAUCUGGACAUCUGCUGCUUCACGUUCACUGAUUUCGGGAAGCGGUUCCCCCAGAGACACAACUUGGGACCCGGGGCCUUUUUGCAGAUCGCCCUCCAGUUGGCGUAUUACAGGUUACAUGGGGCUUUAUGUGCCACGUGUGAGGUGGUCUCCAUGCGUGCCUUCCAUCGGGGCCGCUCGGAUGUUGUACGCUGCUCCUCUCCCGAGGCUCUGGAGUUUGUGCACGCUGCAGAUGAUCCGGACAGAAAGGCUGAAGAGAAAUUGUCUCUCAUGGUGAGAGCCGUAGAGAGUCACCAGGAGUCCACAGAGCAGGUGCUUCAGGGGCAGUCAGUAGAUGGUGCCAUCUUGGCCCUGAAGAUGCUGUGCAUUUCUUCUGGCGUCGCUCUCCCUUCUCUCUUCAUGGACACUUCCUAUGCUAUCUCUUCCCACUGGAAGCUUUUCACCGGACAGGUUUCGUCCCCCAUGGAUUGCGUGAUGUGUUACGGGCCCCUGGUACCCGAUGGCUACAGUGCUUGCUUUGCACCCUCUGAGGACUCGGUGACGGUUUGCGUGUCAGCGUUUGACUGCUGUCAGGAGACUGAUGCCCAGAAACUGUCCGAAGGCCUGCAGGAUGCUCUUAGGGACAUGCGCGCGCUCAUACUCGAGUGCCGGCCCGGCGAGGAGUAAGCUGGCUUUGUUCUGAUUUUGUUCUGUUACAGAGAGGUUUCUUUCUCUCGGUUGGGAUGUCUCUUUCGGUUAUAAACUGAAUCGUAUCUCAAUAAAAACCCAAAGAUCU